CAUCUCCUCCUCCCGGGCCCUUUCUCUGUUUUUGGUUUCGUUUUUCUGCUCAGCUGGCUCGUAAAGGGACGUUUUAAAGAGCAGAGAAGGUCCAAAGUAAAACACAGACCUCUCGACACUAGUGAUGGCAGCACAGUUCACUCUUAGAUCAUACCAGGAGGAAGUAGUGCAGACGGCUCUAAAGGGGGAGAACAGCAUCAUCUGGCUUCCCACUGGUGGAGGAAAAACCCGUGCUGCAGUUUAUGUUGCUAAGAAACACUUGGAGACUAGACCCAAUGCCAAAGUGGCAGUGCUCGUCAACAAGGUGCAUCUGGUAGACCAGCACUUUAAAAAUGAAUUCUACCCUCGCCUUGGGAUGGCAUACAGGGUAAAGGCCAUCAGUGGAGACAGCAGUGACAAGGACUUAUUUAGGUGUCUUGUCAAGGACUCAGACCUGAUCAUCUGCACGGCUCAGAUCUUGGAGAACGCCCUGAACAGCUCGGAGGAGGAAAAACACGUGGAGCUCACAGACUUCAGCCUGCUGAUCAUAGACGAAUGUCACCACACGCAAAAGGAGAGUGUCUAUAACAAGAUUAUGGGCCGCUAUGUGGAGAAGAAAGUGAGAAAAGAAGGGAAUCUGCCUCAGGUUUUGGGCCUCACAGCAUCACCUGGUACAGGAGGAAAUAAGACACUGGCAAAAGCUGUGGAUCAUGUCUUGCAGAUCUGUGCCAAUCUGGAUUCGGUAAUUGUGUCCACCAAGAAUUAUGCACCAGAGCUGAAGGAAGUCGUCCCUACACCCAGAAAGCAAUAUGACAUUGUUGAAAAAAGAGCUCUGGAUCCAUUCGGCGACCACUUGAAGUUAAUGAUGUCGAUGAUUCAUGAGUUCAUGCCAUCAACGGUGAGCCGUAGCCUGCGGGAGGUGGGCACCCAGGAAUAUGAAGCUGAUGUGGUGGAACUAGAGAAAACAGGUGUUAAGGUAGAGAACAGACUGAUCACUCAGUGUGCGCUGCAUCUGCGCCAAUACAACGAUGCUCUUCUCAUUCACGACACCGUUCGCAUGGUGGACGCGUUCAAUGUUCUGGACGAGUUCUACAAAUCAAGGAGCAGCAAAUUGCUGGAUGGAACAGACUUCUUUCUCCAGGGACUUUUUGAUGAGAACCGUGUGGAGCUAAGACAGCUGGCACUGGAUGCCCGCUACGAAAACCCCAAACUGGCCCAGCUGCAACGCACGCUGCUGAAAGAGUUUAGAGAGAACGAAAGGUCUCGCGGUAUCAUCUUUUCGAAGACGCGCAGAGGCACACACUGUCUGUAUGACUGGGUGAACGCCAACCCUGAGCUGCAGAAGGUCCAAAUCAGCGCUGGCAUUCUCACUGGAACGGGUACUGGUGUAAACCACAUGAACCAGAGUCAACAGAAGAUUACCAUAAAAGAAUUUAGAGUAGGACAACUCAACCUCCUCAUCUCUACCAGUGUAGCCGAGGAAGGACUUGAUAUUGCAGAAUGCAACUUAGUUGUCCGUUACGGGCUGUUGACCAAUGAAAUCGCUCAGCAGCAGGCCAGUGGGCGGGCUCGAGCUCUGGAAAGCGUCUACUCGGUGGUGGCUGAAGAAGGUGGGCGUGAACUACGCAGGGAACUCACCAAUGAGUAUCUAACAAGUCUGACCGCAAAAGCUAUUGACCAAGUACAGAGUAUGAGUCCCAGGGAGUUCAGAAUCAAGAUAUCUGAGCUUCAACAAAUGGCUGUUCUCAUUCGGAUUGAAGCCGAGAGAAAAAAGGAUGCGAGGAAGCAGCGCUACAGUCCUGGUCAGGUUCAGCUUCAAUGCAGAGGAUGUUUCGUUUCUGUUGGCCUUGGAGAAGAUAUAAGAAAGAUCGAGAAUACACACCAUGUCAACAUCAAACCCGAGUUUCGGAGGCAUUAUAGUACUGGUGGGCAAGUGCCUCUGGAGAAAACCUUUGAAGACUGGGAGCCUGGACGGGUUAUCAACUGCAGUAAAUGUGGAAAGGAUUGGGGAAUGGAGAUUAAAUUCAAGAAGGUGGCAAUCCUCCCCUGUUUGAAAAUAAAGAGCUUUUCCUUGAAUACUCCUGGAGGCAAAUUCACUCACAAGCAGUGGAAAGAUGUUGAGUUUCAGGUGACAGAGUUUGACUUUAUUGACUACAUGAGCCGUUUCUCUGACCUGGACUUAAGUGACUGACACACCAGCUAAACUCAGAAUGCUGUAGCCGCCGUCACUUUGAUUUUCUAUAGUGAGUAUCUCUACCAGUGGCAGAUCGUGAAGGUACUUCACCAUUAUGAUUACUGUUCAUCAGCAGAAUUUAAAUAUGAAAUUAUCCAUCCAGAUUAUGCUGAUUUUACAUCUUGGUUGGUCAUAGUUGUUAAAAUACAAUUGGGAACCUCUGUUCAAUACAAUAUAGCUGUUUGUAAAUGUGUGUACUUCAAAUUCUAGUAUUUACUUAGUAGUUUCUGUUGUGUAAGAGUUUUGUUUUGUUUGCUUUUGUCUGAGAAAAGUGUGUGAGUGUUAUAUGCUUUGAUAGUAUAUUUAUCUUAACAUAUUUUUUCAUGGAUUAUUCUGGUGUCCAUCUCGGGGAUCAAGACUGUGCUGCUCUAUGAUUAUUAGUUAUUGUUGACAUUACUGUGCAAUAUGUCUAUAAAUGCACUCCAUGCUUUAAUGGCCCUCACUGAACACUAGUUUGCUCAGACCGGCGCUUAAACAUUUACAUAUAUUCACUUAACAGAUGCUUUUAUCCUAAGUGACUUACAAAUUAAGAUAAAUAUGAACACAUUUGAAAUGUGUGAGACUUAAUGUAUAGACUGGGUUCAGGUUUGUUUAAAGUACUUAAAACUGUUUUCCAAAAAAAGUGAAAUAUGUAUAAUGUAUGUCUUUAAAAUUAUGACCUUUUUUAAUUUCUACAUAACAUUAACAUGAGAUUAUGUGUACUAUAUCUGCAAUAUGUGCAUUUUUAAAAUAAUUAAAACAAUUAUGCUCUGUA